AUGAAGGGUCUAUACAACGACCUAAUGAGCCUCUGCGCUUCGAACGAAUCAUUCUAUUUUGUAGAUCAUAACUACAAUGGAGUGACCUUCCGCGUAUUCUCCUACCGUCUGUCGACCUACUCAGACUUCUUAUUACCAGGUGCAUUAGAAUGCCGUGGCCAUACUUUCCGACUAGACCCAUCCAACGCCGAAACGACCCCGACACUAAUAUCCAUCCCGAUGGAGAAGUUUUUCAACGUCGGCGAGAACCCAAUGACUAUGAACCUCGAUUGGUCUAAAGUAGUCCGUGUGGAUGACAAGCGCGACGGCUCCCUAAUUUCCACUGUAUCCGUUGGGGAUGGGGAUGAUGGGGAGUUUAUUCUUAAGUCCAAGACUUCUUUGACCUCCCAGCAGGCAAAGCUUGCUACCAAUCUUUUGAGUACACCGGAAUAUGAGCCACUGUGGGAGGCUUGUCGUCGGAUGACGAAGUUGGGGUUUACGGUUAAUAUGGAGUACACUGCGCCGACGAAUCAGAUCGUACUUACAUAUAAAGGAACAGAACUCCGAGUCUUGAAUAUCCGUUCGAUAGACGACGGUUCCUAUCUACCGCUAAGCGACCUGGAUAUUCCAACGAAGUUUCUAGUCGAUACAUUCGCAGACAAAGUAUCACAGUCAUGGGUUGACGAUGCUCGCACCAAAACCGGCGUAGAGGGUUGGGUAUUAUGGUUCGACAGUGGUAUGAAGGUCAAGCUCAAGACCGACUGGUAUUCAAACCUGCAUUUGCAGAAGGAACGGGUGGCAAGCUCUCGUAGUCUAUUCGAAUUGGUACUGAUGGAACAGUCCGACGAUUUGAAGACUCUGUUUCUGAAAGAUCCGCAGUCUAUUACACGCAUUGAGGAAAUGGAAGUGAAGGCAAAGACGAUUUAUAACCGUCUACACAAGCUAGUGGAUGAUUUCUAUCAGACGAAUAAGGAUCUCUCGCGCAAGGAUUAUGCGGUUUUAGCUCAGAAACUAUUAAAGGCCGAAGGCGUCUUCCCACAGGCGAUGAACCUGUAUUCGGGAAAGGCCAUGGGUUUGCGCGAGCAUCUUAUUAGGAACUUCAAGUCCUUGGGUCUAGUCGAGGUUGAGGACACAUCCGCGGUCAUAGAAUAA